AUGGGUAGAGAUCACACCACCAAACAACACAUCAGAUCAGGUCACAGAACCGCUCCAAAAUCAGACAAUGUCUAUUUGAAGUUAUUGGUCAAAUUGUACUCAUUCUUGGCUCGUCGUACUGAUGCUCCAUUCAACAAGGUCAUUUUGAAAUCAUUGUACUUGUCUAAAAUCAACAGACCACCAGUCUCAGUUUCAAGAAUUUCACGUGCUUUGAAAAACGAAGGUGCUUCCCAAAAGACCAUUGUCGUUGUUGGUACUGUUACCGAUGACAACAGAUUGUUGGAAUUCCCAAAGACUACUGUUGCUGCUUUGAGAUUCACCGCUGGUGCCAAGGCUAGAAUUUUGAAGAACGGUGGUGAAGCCAUCACUUUGGAUCAAUUGGCUUUAAGAGCCCCAAAAGGUCAAAACACUUUGAUCGUUAGAGGUCCAAGAAACGCCAGAGAAGCUGUCAGACACUUUGGUUUCGGUCCACACAAGGGUAAAGCUCCAAGAAUCUUGUCCAAGGGUAGAAAAUUCGAAAGAGCUAGAGGUAGAAGAAGAUCAAGAGGUUUCAAGGUCUAA